AUGUCCGUCGCCGCGUCCGCGGCGGCGCUGCUGCUUGCGCUCGCCGCGUCGCUCGCGCUCCUCGCGUCCGCGGAGCCGCCUGCGAGCGAGCGGUCGGCGCUGCUGGCGUUCCUGACGGCGACGCCACACGAGCGGAAGCUCGGGUGGAACACCUCCACGCCGGCCUGCCGGUGGGUCGGGGUCACCUGCGACGCCGCGGGCUCCACCGUGGUGGCGCUCCGCCUCCCGGGGAUCGGGCUCCUGGGCGCCAUCCCGCCGGCCACCAUCGGCCGGCUCCCGAGCCUCCAGGUGCUCUCGCUGCGGUCCAACCGCAUCACUGGAACCAUCCCCGACGACCUGCUCCAGCUCUCCGCGCUCCGCGCCGUCUUCCUGCAGAACAACGCCCUCUCCGGCGCCAUCCCGGCGGGGGUCGGCCGGCUGGGCGCGCUGGAGCGGCUGGUCCUCGCCCACAACAACCUGUCGGGCCCCAUCCCGUUCGCGCUCAACAACCUCACCUCGCUGCGGUCCCUGCGGCUGGAGGGCAACCGCCUCUCCGGCAAGAUCCCCAGCAUCAGCAUCCCGGGCCUGGCCGCCUUCAACGUCUCCGACAACGCGCUCAACGGCUCCAUCCCGCAGAGCCUGGCGCGGUUCCCGGAGGACGCCUUCGCGGGGAACCUCCAGCUCUGCGGCAGCCCGCUCCCGCCAUGCAGCCCCUUCUUCCCCUCCCCGUCGCCGGCACCCGGGAUGAGCCCCAGCGACGUGCCCGGGGCGGCGUCCGGCAAGAAAAAGCUCUCCGGUUUGGCAAUCGCCGGCAUCGUGGUGGGCGCAGUGCUGGCGGCGCUGCUCCUGCUGGCCCUCAUCGUCUUCUGCGCGAAAAAAUCCCGGCAGCAGAGCGGCGCCCGCGAAGGACCGAAGGCGGCGGCUGCGGCGGGGCAGACGCGAGGCGUGGCCCCGCCCGAGACCGGCAUGACGACGUCCUCGUCCAAGGACGACAUGGGCGGCGGCGGCGGCACCGGCACGUCCGGGUCGGCGGCCGCGGCGGCGGUGGCCGCGGGCGCCGGCACCGGGGAGGCGAGCCGGCUGGUGUUCCUGGGGAAGGGCGCGGGCUACAGCUUCGACCUGGAGGACCUGCUCCGCGCGUCGGCGGAGGUGCUGGGCAAGGGCAGCGUGGGCACGUCGUACAAGGCGGUGCUGGAGGAGGGGACGACGGUGGUGGUGAAGCGGCUCAAGGACGUGGCGGUGGCGCGGCGCGAGUUCGACGCGCACAUGGAGGCGCUGGGCCGGGUGGAGCACCGCAACCUUCUCCCCGUCCGCGCCUACUACUUCUCCAAGGACGAGAAGCUGCUCGUCUACGACUACCUCCCCAACGGCAGCCUCUCCGCCAUGCUCCACGGGAGCCGGGGUUCAGGCCGGACACCGAUGGACUGGGACGCCCGCAUGCGGUCGGCGCUGUCGGCCUCUCGCGGGCUCGCGCACCUGCACUCCGCGCACAACCUCGCGCACGGCAACGUCAAGUCCUCCAACGUGCUCCUCCGGCCGGACUACGACGCCGCCGCGCUGUCCGACUUCUGCCUCCACCCGAUCUUCGCCUCCACGACCACCCGCGUCGGGUCGGGUGGCUACCGCGCGCCAGAGAUGGUGGACUCGCGCCGGCCCACGUUCAAGGCCGACGUGUACUCCCUGGGCGUGCUCCUGCUGGAGCUCCUCACCGGCAAGUCCCCGACGCACGCGUCCCUCGAGGGCGACGGCACGCUGGACCUCCCGCGGUGGGUGCAGUCCGUGGUGCGCGAGGAGUGGACGGCGGAGGUGUUCGACGUCGAGCUGGUGCGACUCGGCGCCAGCGCCGAGGAGGAGAUGGUGGCGCUGCUGCAGGUGGCUAUGGCGUGCGUGGCCACCGUGCCGGACGCGCGGCCGGAUGCCCCCGACGUUGUCAGGAUGAUCGAGGAGAUCGGCAGCGGCCACGGCCAAACGACAACCGAGGAGAGCGCUCGUGGGGGAACUUCGGAGGAGGAAAGGUCGAGAGGCACGCCUCCGGCCGUCCCGACGCCGUGACGCCGGCAGGAUAAAGAUUACAUUGCAUAGUUCCGUGGUGCCCGU